AUGCCUCUGCUCAGCCGCAAGGACAACAAAAACUCGACGAAGCACCGUUUCGGUAUGAACCAUCUCCGCCGCCUGUUCUCGACUCGUUAUCAGCCCGUGAUGCAGGAACAGCAACCACUGAUGGCCUCGGAGGAGACCACCAACUUCCACCGCUACAACACCCUCGCUUCCCUCGAGGGCCGCGCCGCCAGCAACCGUUCCUCCGAAUGGUUCGACUGGAUCGACCAGAUUCACGAGGAGAAGAAGGAGGAGGAGCAGCAGCCGCAAGGCUCUGGCAUCCUUCGCGCCUGCCUUUCUCCGUUGCAGCUCGACAAGCCGCUUCCGCUCACGCCGCCUGCACCUCCGGUCCCGCCGAAGGACAACAACAAGAGCAACAGCAACGGCCGCCCUUUGCCGCCGACCCCGUCUCCGCCGCCGGUCCCGCCGAAGGACCCGCGCCGCCGUUACACGAAGCCUCUGCCGCCGCUGCCUUUGUCGUACACCAAGCGCCCGCUGCCUCCGACGCCGCCUAAGCCGCAGGUUCCGCCCAAGGACUUCUAA